UUUGCUCCAUUUCUUGUCCGCGGUCCCCCAAACCUCAUUUGGGGACGCGACUGGAGAUGCUCUUACCUUGCUUCCGCUUCCGGCUCUCUCCAUCCCACGCCAUUUGCUCUUCUAGCCUUCUUCCACCUCGCAGCCAGUUCACCAGGGACCGAGAAGUUGAGGAUGCAGGCCGGCGCGUCGGAGGAGAGGAACAGGGGCUCGAGGUCGGCGAUGGAGAAAGGCAGGGACCAGAGCGCCAAGAAGCCGAGGCUGGACUUGAAGGCGCUUCCUAGUGUCCCUGUGAAGCAGGAGAUCGUCGUGCGCCAAGCGGCCGGCCCUAUCGUGGCUGUGGAACACGUCGCGCUGAUGAAGAUCGAUCUACAGAUAGACGUCCCUGUGCUUCACUGUCCAAUCUGCUUCGGCAAGCUCAAGCCGCCGGUGUUCCAGUGCAUGCGCGGGCACGCGGCCUGCCACGGCUGCCUCGCGGGGGGUUGCGGGGUGUGCGACGGCGCCGCCUUCGACGUCCCCAACACGGCCAUGGACGGCGUGGUCUCGUCGGUGAGGGCCAUCUGCGACUACGACGGCUGUGGGCGCUUCAUCACCUACCACGAGGCGGACGACCACAAGGACGCGUGCCCGCACGCCCCCUGCUCGUGCACGGAGCCUGGCUGCACCUUCAAGGCCCCGCCGCGGGCGCUCGUCGAGCACCUCGUCGCCGCCCACGCCAUGCGGGAGCAUAAGCUUUGCUACGGCAAGACCAGCGAGAUCGAGGUGCCAGUGCCGGAGCCCGCACGCAGUCUGCUAACUGGCGCCGAGGAAGACGACGACGUGUUUCUCCUGACCGUGGGUGCGCUUGGCGAGGUCACCUUCGUGUCGGCGGUCUGCAUCCGUGCGGCGGCGUGCCCUUGGCCUCGUUACACCGUCAGGUUGUGGGUGAACGGGCCGUUGCCGGCGGAGGCGAACCGCAGGACGGACACCGUGCUGGCAGACAUCGAGGCGACGAGCAGCACCAAGCCGGGAGCCGUAGUCUUGGGAGAUCUGACAUCCUACUUGACGGUGCCGCCGCGGUACCUCGUCGGGGCUGGGCCGGCCAAGGUGCUGUCUCUCAACGUUCGCGUCGGGAAGACCACUUUCUGAUAUCUGUUG